AUGACUGGCAUCAAGAUUCUUGUACUUGGUGCGACAGGUCCUGCAGGUUUACCUUUGCUGCGAGAGCUGCUGCAUCGACAACAUGGGACCAUUGCCUACGUCAGGAACGCGUCCAAGAUCCCCGCAGGCCUGGCGAGCAGCCCACUGCUUCAAGUAACGCCGUCGCGGGGAGCAAAGCCAUCAUCUCACUCCUGGUCCAACGCAAUCGAGCGUCGUAGAGAAGACAACGUACUCGAGCAUCUACUCAGCUCUUUUCCCCCUUAUGCGCAAAACGAUUGGAAGCGCAUCCUCGCCAUGGGCACACUAUCCAUCACCGAAGACUCGUCCUCGUUCACCCGCUUAUUGCAGGCCUCGUUCACCCGCUUAUUGCAGGCUAUCCUCACCCGCAUCAUCGCGUCAACGGCGUACAACGCAAUCAUCGACCUCGGACGCGUAUUUCAAGAGGAGGCGGACGGGCUGGACCGGACCCUGUUUCAUAUCAGCUUUAUUAGUGACGAGUCGGAUGAGGAUAGUUGGAGAGCGGAUCGUGAGGAUCAGCCGACGUAUGCUGGGUAUAUUGCGAAGCCUGGAUGGAAGGCUGGUAUGAAGAGGCCUGCGUUAGCAAGCUGGUUUGUUGAUGAGAUCGAGAGCGGUAAAUGGGUCAGGAAGUCGCCGGCGAUCGGCAAGUCCGGCGUUAAGAAGACGAAGGUCUAA